AGAGAAAUCACUUUGUUAUGGUUUACCUUCAGUUUGUUUGUUCGAUUCUCGUACCAAUGUCAACUUUUAGUUCAAAUUCGACAAAAACAAGAUGACCUCACGGAGAACGGGCUACAAGUGACCCUUUGUAGUACGGAGGUUAAAGAGGGCUCAUGGUAUGGAUUUGCCUUCUCAGAGGAUUCAUCAAUGGGCGACGAUUUCUUAGUUCAUUGUGAUGUCUUUCUAAAUGGUUCACUCUCUAUUGGUGAAGGUUUGACCACUGGUCAUUCAGGUAUUGCCUCACUAGACCCAGGAACAUUGAUCUUGUCUAAACCUGAAUCGCUAGUAUCAAAUGUCACUUUCAAUGGGUCAAGUAUUAGUUUAGUGAAUAAACGACUUGAAUGUUCAUGGAAUCUGAAAAUUUCCGGUGAGGCUCGAGGUCGAAUCUUUAACCUGAAACUGAACAAAUAUCAUUUAAUCUUGGCCUUUGGUCGGCUAACUAAAGACGGAGCUGUUGAGUAUCACAAUGGUGCUCGUUCGGCGUCAUCAAAUUUAGUUAAUCUCUUUCACACUGGUCUUAUAACGGGUUGUACAGGUUCGAUCUAUUGGUUGGUUCGAUUCCAUGCUUUCUUCAUGACCGUGGCCUGGAUGAUGUUCAUUUCAAUAUCAAUCACAAUGGCUCGAAAUUAUCGGGACGCCUGGACAUAUGUUAGAUUUUUCAACUUGCACAUUUGGCUUAUAACCCACCGAACGUUGAAUAUUAUUGCCGUUACUCUAGUGGCCAUUGGAAUGACCUGUAUCAUUAUUCACACGGGAACAUUUGACAUGUGUGCCUCGUGCCAUACAACUGCGGGAACAAUUGCAAAUGGCCUGAUGAUCUGUCAAAUAGUUGCUGGGCUUACAAGCCCAUCUAAUGAACGGACAAGAUUACGAAAAAUGUUCAACAUUUUCCAUGGACUUGGUGGACACAUAACCUUUAUUGCCGCUUGUGUUGCCCUUUACAAAGCGGGUGACCAGAAAUACUUUCGUCUAGGUUUGACCUACAAUUGGUUAAUUAUCUUGUUCAUUGUUAUCCAUUAUGCAGUCCAGGUAAUACUACAAUCAAGUCAAAUGUUGAUCAAAUCGUUGAACGCUGUCCAAGACAUUUCGAUCACUUCUCAACCAGGUCAUUUAACGCCAAUAUCGAUCAAAGAGUCAAAUGCAAAUUCGACCUCAAUGUUAUACGAUUAUGUUCAAGAUAAAAUUGAUCGAUUUAAAUUCAAUACUCUCCUUUAUUAUAUUCCAACAAUUAUCCUGUUAACCAUAACCACGUUCAUUGUCGCAAUGAUAACUGGACAAACAGUUAACUAAUUGUCUAUAACUGGAUUUACAAUCAACGAGAACAAAAAAGUUAUCAAUGUAAAAUAAA